GAAAAAAAAAUUAGAGAGAUACACAGAAGCUUUGGAGAGAGUGUGUGAUAGAGGAGGGUAACAAAGAGUGGAUGGAGGGACAGAAGAAAAGUAAAUGACAUUGAAAGUAGACCAAGCACACAAUAGUUAAAGAAGGAAGAGGGUCAGGAGACGGUAUCUGAAAAGGGUGGAGGUGGUAGAGCAUAGGACUAAAGGUCCAUCAUUUUUUGAGGUUUCCAACUCCCCACCUCCAAUAGUCUCAAAGACUUGUGUGCAGUCCCUGACCCUCAGGAUGGACGCUCUGAGAAUUGUCUGGAUAUGGCUCCUGCUCUGCACGGUAUACAAAUCCAGUAUUGCAAAGUUCAGCCCAGAGGGCUGGCUACAGCAGUAUGGCUAUCUGCCUCCAGGUGACCUCAGAACUCACACAUUACGCUCCCCACAGUCUAUGUCUGAAGCCAUUUCUGCUAUGCAGAGGUUCUAUGGGUUGCCAGUGACAGGGAAGAUGGACAGUGACACAGAAAGGGCUAUGAAAAAGCCACGCUGCGGUGUCCCAGAUAAAUUUGGUGCUGAAAUCAAAGCCAACGUGAGGAGGAAAAGAUAUGCCAUGCAGGGUCUAAAAUGGCAUCACAAGGACAUCACUUACUGCAUACAGAACUACACACCUAAAGUUGGCGAAUAUGAGACAUAUCAAGCCAUCCGGAGAGCCUUUGCUGUUUGGCAAGCAGUAACUCCACUGCACUUCAGUGAAGUUCGAUACGUGGACAUUAAAGAUGGACAUGCAAAGCAUGCUGACAUCAUGAUCUUCUUUGCUGAGGGGUUCCAUGGGGACAGUACCCCUUUUGAUGGAGAAGGGGGCUUUUUGGCACAUGCAUACUUUCCUGGGCCAGGUAUUGGAGGAGACACUCACUUUGAUUCUGCAGAGCCAUGGACAUCCAGAAAUGAUGAUUUAGAUGGCAAUGAUCUGUUUCUUGUGGCUGUUCAUGAACUGGGACAUGCGCUGGGAUUAGAACAUUCCAAUGAUCCAUCGGCAAUCAUGGCCCCAUUUUAUCAGUGGAUGGACACCCAGAACUUUCAACUACCAGAUGAUGACCGUAGAGGAGUUCAGCAGAUAUAUGGAAGUGGCCAUGGAGAACCACCAACGCGCUCACCACGUCCCACACGUGCACCUCAGCCUACUCCACGAUACCGCCCAGAUGUCCCUGAUGAUCCAGAUGUUCCUCCAUACGGACCAGAUAUCUGUCAAGGCAAUUUUGACACCGUUGCUGUGUUGAGAGGGGAGAUGUUUGUGUUUAAGGAUAAAUGGUUCUGGCGUGUGCGCAAUAAUCGUGUAAUGGAUGGUUACCCACUGCCCAUUGGACACUUUUGGCGUGGGCUCCCAAACUCAAUAAAUUCGGCAUUUGAACGAAAAGAUGGAAAAUUUGUAUUCUUCAAGGGGGAUAAAUACUGGGUAUUUGAUGAAGCAAUUCUUGAGCCUGGAUACCCCAGAACAUUAAAAGAAAUGGGUCGGGGAUUACCAACUGAUAGAAUUGAUGCUGCCCUGUACUGGAUGCCAAACGGAAUGACCUAUUUCUUCAGAGGAAGCAAGUACUAUCGGUUUAAUGAUGAGAUGAGGGCUGUAGAUUCUGAUUACCCAAAGAGUAUUAAAGUAUGGGAAGGGAUCCCUGAUUCUGUUCGAGGAGCAUUUAUGGGAAGUGAUGGAGCCUUUACCUAUUUCUACAAGGGUAACAAGUACUGGAAGUUUAAUAACCAGCAAUUGAAGACAGAAUCUGGUUUUCCCAAGUCUGUUCUGCAAGACUGGAUGGGUUGCAGGACCGCCAAGCAACCUGAAGAUAAUGAUGUUGAUGAUGACAGAGAAGUAGUAAUCAUUGAAGUUGAUGAAGCCAGCGGAGAAAUAAGCAUGGCAGCUGUUGUAGUUCCAGUGCUCCUUUUGCUUUGUGUCCUGUUCCUUGGACUGGCCGUCUUUAUCUUUAGGCAGUAUGGCACUCCCAAAAGGCUUCUAUACUGGCAGCGAUCCCUGCUGGACAAAGUGUGAGACUUCACAUAUCUGGACCCUCCCCCCCAUUCCUGUCUCUCUGGCCCUCCCAUGCCUCCCUCACACAGAUUUCAUGGGGAGCAGUAAUAGCCUCCUGGGGAGGGAGGAAGGGAGAGAGGCAGUUUGCACCAUCUUUGCCGCUAUUUAUGUGGCACACAUCAUUGCAUUUAACCCCUCCAUUGCCAGACUGGAGCCAUGUCUUCCAUAAUGGUUAUUGCACGGGUACAAGUUGUAGUUUUUCAUUAGUAAUUUGUUGGGAAGUGCUCUCAGUAUAGCCACCACUUGCAGGAGUCAGAGCAGAGAUGGACACCCUUUUAAAGGGUCUGGAGACAUUACCUUAAGUUGUGUGUUCAUUCUUUUCAGAACACUAAAGUCCCUUGCUAAGAUGAAUAGUUUUUUGCUAAGAGCACCCAGCGGGAACCUUAAUCAUGGCUGGGGUAAAUGGAAUUGCAAGUGGGGGAAGACCACCCUGUCUGUGAGCUUUUGUCCAAAGGUUGUUUCCUCUGUGCCAUACUGCCAAAAGCACAGCUAGCUUUACUAAGAGCCAACAGAAGGACGUUGUUAGUCAGUAAGAAGAUAUUGACUUCUGAAUAUAACCUGGGUCACAGCUGUGUAAUGGGGUACAAUGUUCCAGACUUUGGUAACAAAAGCAUUUAUAAUAAUUUGGUAAAAUAUAAGGGCCUGAGGUCCAAUUUAAGUUGAAAAAAAAAAAAGAAAAAAAAUAUGUUUUCAUAGUAACCAAACAUGUGUGACAAGGACAAUAAUGGUUUGUCCUUUGGAAUUUCAAGUACUGUUUGUGAUAUAUGAUCUAGAGGAAGCUGAGAUAGGUAAGUGUAUUUUUGCAGAGCAGGAAUCUGUACCUGGAGAAAAAAGAGGGACAAGUUUAAGGUCAGUGCCACCCAACUCCCAGAGUGCCUUGAAAAAUGCCCUGUAAACCCAUCCAUUGUACUUCUACGAUGCCUAUAUGCUCUAUUCUUAUGAGUAUAGAAGGAAAACAUUUCAAUCUCAGGGUCUUCUCCUGGUAUCUGACUUAGAUUAUGUAGAUAGAUGCUUAUAUAUACUUGGUUUAGUCACUACUUUCAGGUCCUGGCAGAGGCAGCAUUGUGUUGGCUUUCUGUGAUGUAAGGGGUUGAUCACUGCUCUGAAAGAUUCUUGCAGUUCUCUUGUCAGAGAAAGGACUGGGCUCACAAUAUUUCAGUCCAAAAAAAAAUUGUUAACAAUUGCUCUGCAGGUCUCUGGCUGUGGUGGGGUUAAUCAUGGUUGCUUAGUGCCCCUGUAAUUGACAAAAAGACAAAAAGAAAUAUCAGUGCUCUGUGAAUCUCAUGCGCAGGGAAGGAGUUAUUCACAGCUCUGCAGGUUUCUGUCGGGGUGAGGUUAAGAAGGGCAAAUCACAUGGUACGGUCAGGGGGUGGGGGUCACAUUUCCUGUCUUGUUUCCCGUCUUCUUAUUUUUUGUUUAUAUUUGAUUAUUAUAAUUAUUAUUAUUUGAUAUUAAGGCAGCUCCUGCAGGUCAGGCCGCUUUGCAUCUCCCACCUGUCCACUGCCAGAAGGAUCAAUCUUGUUCCAAUGGUCCCUUUAGCAGUGAGUGGGUGACCUCUUCACCCCUCCCCUCCAAGCAUGGAGCUUGGGGUCAGGGCUUGCACAAGAUUAUAGGGGCAAAGAGAAGCAUGUGCCCUUUCUAACCUAACCCCCAAGUGCCUUAUAUCACCUGUAACCUCAAACCUAAAAUGUGCAUCAUUCCCUUAUGUUAAUAUGUGCGUGGAGGGGUAUGGGAGAUCUACCAAAUGGAAUUAAUUAAAGCUUCUCUCAUGUGGA